AUGAGGAUGUGUGACAGAGGCGUCCAGAUGCUCAUCACCACGGUGGGAGCCUUCGCAGCCUUCAGCCUGAUGACCAUCGCCGUGGGCACCGACUACUGGCUCUACUCGCGCGGCGUGUGCAGGACUAAGUCCACGAGCGACAACGACACGAGCCGCAAGAACGAGGAGGUGAUGACCCACUCGGGGCUCUGGAGGACGUGCUGCCUGGAAGGAACCUUCCGAGGAGUGUGCAAGAAAAUCGACCACUUCCCCGAGGAUGCGGAUUACGAGCAAGACACGGCCGAGUAUCUCCUCCGUGCAGUGAGAGCGUCCAGCAUCUUCCCCAUCCUCAGCGUGGGUCUGCUGUUCUUCGGGGGCCUGUGCGUGGCGGCCAGCGAGUUCUACAAGAGCAAACACAACGUCAUCCUCAGCGCCGGCAUCUUCUUCGUCUCUGCAGGUCUCAGCAACAUCAUCGGGAUUAUAGUCUACAUCUCGGCCAAUGCGGGGGACCCAGGGCAGAGCGACUCCAAGAAGAGCUACUCCUACGGCUGGUCCUUCUACUUCGGAGCCCUGUCCUUCAUCAUUGCCGAGAUGGUGGGGGUGAUCGCCGUGCACAUGUACAUCGAGAAGCACCGCCAGAUCCGCGCCAAGUCCCACUCGGAGCUGCUGAAGAAGUCGGCCUUCACCCGCCUCCCCCCCUACAGGUACCGCUUCCGCCGGCGGUCCAGCUCCCGCUCCACCGAGCCCCGGUCCCGGGACAUGUCGCCCGUCAGCAAGGGGUUCAGCACCAUCCCCUCCACCGACAUCUCCAUGUUCACCCUCUCCAGGGAUCCCUCCAAGGUCACCAUGGGGACGCUGCUCAACUCGGAGCGGGACCACGGUUUUUUACAGGUCCAUAACUCCAUCCCCAAAGAGUUCAAGGAGUCUUUGCACAACAACCCGGCCAACAGACGAACCACGCCGGUCUGAGGCGGGCAGGGGCGUUUUGUCAGGCUGCAUGACAUCAUCCUCGUGACGGUGUAACCCGUGAAAUCCCGUUUUUAAGGACAAACCCAGAUGGCUCCCUGUGCCCCUACCCGCGGGGCUGGUUUUUCACUCCCGAAAUGCCACUGGCCGGGCCAGGCCACUGCGCCCACGGUGGGACCGGGACCCCCGCGCCCCUCCGU